AGACGGGGUUUCACCGUGUUAGCCAGGAUGGUCUCGAUCUCCUGACCUCAUCAUCCGCCCACCUCGGCCUCCCAAAGUGCUGGGAUUACAGGCGUGAGCCACUGCGCCCGGCCCAGACCAGUGAGAACAUUGUCAUGGAAACCACCACUUGGGCCACCAGAAAGAUGCAGAAGAAAAGAAGCGACCUCGCCCUCCACGCCCCUCCUCCGCGGGGGCGGCCUGGGGCGCCGGGUCACGUGGCCGGAGAAGAGGGUUUAUCCCGCGGCCCCUCGAAGCCCCGCCGCUGCUCUGCCGCCCAGACCCAUGGCCGCAGCCCUGGCGCUCGUGGCGGGGGUCCUGGCGGGGGCGGUGCUGCCCCUCUGGAGCUCGCUUCCGCAAUAUAAAAAGAAAAUCACAGACAGGUGCUUCCACCGCUCUGAGUGCUACAGUGGCUGCUGCCUCAUGGACUUGGACGCCGGUGGAGCCUUCUGUGCCCCCAGGGCCAGAAUAACCAUGAUCUGCUUGCCCCAGACCAAGGGAGCUACCAACAUCAUCUGCCCUUGCCGGAUGGGCUUGACGUGCAUAUCCAAGGACUUGAUGUGUUCCCACCGGUGCCAUAUGAUUUAGAGGACGAUGCAGGCUGGUCACUGCUCCGUCGGGGCCAUAGGCCCUGGGUGCCACCAACUUGCUCCAAAUCCAGCUCCUGAGACAUUAAAGUCACUUCCUGUC